AAUUCCUCACAUUUGAUUGGUUGAAGAGGCGGGACUUCCGGGAGAGCAGGUUGGACAUAAAGUGACAGACUUCACCUCCUGAAAUUAAGAAGAAAAACCCGACGGACGACGCGUUACAAGUUAUAAAACAGCUGGGGAUGAUUUUCAGACAUGGACGACAUAAACCUUCAUUAUCGCUUUCUGAACUGGAGGAGACGAAUUCGAGAAAUUCGUGAUGUGCGAGCGGUGCGUUACCGGGAUCGGUGGAGGAAUAUGUUCAGAGACGGCGACAUGCUCAGGUAUCAUGGGGAUUCGGACGAGGUCGGCUGUUUUGUGUCGGGCAGACCCUUGUCAAAAAAGAGGCGCUAUUUUGAAGUGACUGUCAAUGAUACAGGAGUGAGGGGGAUGAUCGCUGUCGGUUUGGUGCCUCAGUCCCACAAGCUGGAUCAUCAGCCUGGCUGGCUCCCAAACUCUGUAGCUUUUCAUGCUGAUGAUGGCAAGCUCUAUAAUGGCAGCACAGUAGGACAGCAGUUUGGUGCCAAAUGCUGCAGAGGUGACAAAAUUGGUUGUGGAAUAUCGUUCGACUCCGAUGACGGACAGAUAACAGUGUUUUUUACCAAGAACGGCGAAGAAAUCGGCAGCGUUGAGAUCCCAGCGUCUCCUGAAGAUCUCUACCCUGCAGUGGGGAUGCACUCGCUGGGGGAGGAAGUGGUUUUGGACCUGAAUGCUGACUGGAGGGCAGAGGAGGAUGAUGGACAGAUGAUAGUUGAUAGUCAUGAAGAGGACUGGAGCCGUCUCCAUGACGUCAAAGUGACGGGCACGCUGCUGGAGUACAUGGGGAAAGGGAAGGGCAUCAUGGACGUGGGCCUGGCUCAGGCUCGGCGACCUCUCAACCCUCGCUUCCACUACUACGAGCUGGAGAUCACAGACGCUGGAGAGAAGUGUUACAUCGCCCUGGGUCUGGCACGCAGGGACUAUCCAAAGGACAAACAUCCAGGUUGGAACAAAGGCUCCAUCGCUUACCACGCAGACGACGGGAAGCUGUUCCACGGCAGCGGGGUGGGGGACCCGUUCGGGCCGCGCUGCUUCGAAGGCGACAUCAUGGGCUGCGGCAUCAUGUUCCCACGAGACUUCAGCGUGGACGGAGGAGAUGACGCAGACGACUUCGACCUGGACGUGGCUUCCAGCGAGGUGCAGAACAACCUGUACGCAAACAACGACGACGAAGAGGAGGACGAGGGGGACGACCCGGAGGGGAGGAAGGUCAUGGUGUUUUUCACUCGGAACGGGAAGGUGGUGGGGAAAAGGGAAGUGGCCUUGCCGCCAAACGGUUUCUAUCCCACGAUUGGGAUGAUGAGCACUGGGGAGAAGGUCAGAGUCGAACUACGUCCCCUCAGCGGGUGACGGAAACCAGGACAAUUAAAAACCUUUGGGAUGAUGGACGAUUCUUCCAAAUCGUCGCUGCACUUUCACGGCGGAAACAUCACUUUACAUGCUGACAAAACGCGUCUUAAAGAUUCACGAAAGUAAGAUCUUUAAGACAUCUGUGCCUAAAAGAAACGGCUUUAUUACAAAAUGUUUUUUGUACUGUAAGAACCUGUUGAAGCAGGCUGAGUUUGGAGGGGAAAAGUUAUUCAUUUUGACGCACGAGGCUUAUUGAGAUGCCAAAAAACCCAAAAAGGUCUUGAAUAAUGAAUGUAAAAGUCCAAGUAAAAGAGACCUGAGUUACCAAACAGACCCGCAAAGGCAGUCCUGGUUAAAAUGAGUUACUAGAUUAUGAAAUUAUUUCUAAACUGCAAAUGUGAUUUAUUUAUUCUACAACGAUGAGGCAGAAAUGGAAAAGCCCUUGAAUUUUGGAGGUGUGGUAUCAUUUCACCACGACUGCGUGCGUUUGCUGCUGUCGACGGUCCAGUACUGACACUCAGUGGUGAGACGGCUCACAGGCAGCAGCCACUCAGUAGAACCAGCUGCUUCACGUUUGGAGGAAGCUGUUUCAGGUAACUAUGAGGAAGUAAAAGUGCAAUAAUAAUAAUAAUUUGUUGAAAUCAAAGCUAUUUUUAUGCUUCUUGUUUGAUAUCUUGCAAUAAGAGAAAGUGGAUCUUAAAGCUUUAAAGAGAGUCCUUAUUUAAUCUGAACCCAACUAAACGAGGCUUAUAGGAUGAAUAUUAAAAAAAAAUGUAGAUUAUUUAUUUGAGGAAAUUAGAUCUUGGUUUCCUCACUGACCAGAUGAUGGAAACAUUUUAUGCUUCUGAACUAGACCGAAGUUGGACAAUAUCAUGUGUAUGAUGUUUUUAUUUUUUUGUCUUUUCAGAAUAUACUGAAACGGAAAACAAUCGGUAAACAAAACAAAAACACAAAAUCUUACCAAGUAUUUUUGGUCUAGUUUCUUGUGCAAAUAUCUAAGUAAGCCUGAAAUAUGACAAAAAUAACUUUAAAGUAGCUUUUCAGAAAGCUAAAGCAGCUAAACAUAAAUAAUUCUGCAAUAUUGAUCAAUAAGUUCUGGUCCCGCUUGCAGAUUUUUCCACUUAUUCCAGUGGAUCAGUGUGUUGUUAUAAGUGAAAUGAUCUGCCAGUGGAACCAGCACUUCUUCAGUCCUGGUUCUACUAACUUGCUGAAAAGUUAGUUUUGUCUCAUCUCAAUUGUUCUAAGGUAAUUGGACCAAAAAUAACAGGUAAGUUUUUGUGUUUCUUCAGUUGGAAAUUCAUUUUGAAAUGUGUUAUUGAGCGUUUCUCUUUCUCUGUCUGUGGACAGUCACCACACAAAGCUGUGUUUACUUUCUGUUUUUUGCUUUUACUUUAAAUGUGUUUUUUUUUCUUCUUCUGUUUAGAAACAUUUGUGAUUCAGGUGAAUCUGUAUCGUCACAUUUCAUAUUCUACCCUUUACUCUGGCUUUUUUUGAGGGGGGAAAUAUCAAAUUCAGAUAUUGUUUUUUUGUGAAACAUGGGGAUUAAUUUACAUGUACACACAUUAAAUUAACUUUGUUUUACUCAUGAAACAAGAACCAUCAGCUGUAAUGUGACUUUUAACUGAAAAAAAAAAAAAGUUGCACCCAGUCCUUAGGUUGAGAUUCAGUUUCUCAUUGCUGACAAUCUGAG